UUUACAAAGGAGAAGGUCGCGCCUGGAGGAAGUGGUGCCUUUGGGUCCCGUGGCCGCAGCGCCGUUACUACUUUUCUGAAGCUCCUCUCGGCCGCUUGCCGAGACACCCCACCGCCAAGAUGCCGCGAAUUAUGAUUAAGGGGGGCGUAUGGAGGAAUACCGAGGAUGAAAUUCUGAAAGCAGCGGUAAUGAAAUAUGGGAAAAACCAGUGGUCUAGGAUUGCCUCACUGCUGCACAGAAAAUCAGCAAAGCAGUGCAAAGCCAGAUGGUAUGAGUGGCUGGAUCCAAGCAUUAAGAAAACAGAAUGGUCCAGAGAAGAGGAGGAAAAACUCUUGCACUUGGCCAAGUUGAUGCCAACUCAGUGGAGGACCAUCGCUCCCAUCAUUGGAAGAACAGCCGCCCAGUGCUUGGAACAUUAUGAAUUUCUUCUGGAUAAAGCUGCCCAAAGAGACAAUGAAGAGGAAACAACAGAUGAUCCACGAAAACUGAAACCUGGAGAAAUAGAUCCAAAUCCAGAAACAAAACCAGCACGGCCUGAUCCAAUUGAUAUGGAUGAAGAUGAACUUGAGAUGCUUUCUGAAGCUAGAGCACGCCUGGCUAAUACUCAGGGAAAGAAGGCAAAGAGGAAAGCAAGAGAGAAACAGUUGGAAGAAGCAAGACGUCUUGCUGCCCUCCAGAAGAGAAGAGAACUUCGAGCAGCUGGCAUAGAAAUUCAGAAGAAAAGAAAAAAGAAGAGAGGAGUUGAUUAUAAUGCUGAAAUCCCAUUUGAAAAAAAGCCUGCUCUUGGUUUUUAUGAUACUUCUGAGGAAAACUACCAGGCUCUUGAUGCAGAUUUCAGGAAGUUAAGACAACAGGAUCUUGAUGGGGAGCUAAGAUCUGAAAAAGAAGGAAGAGAUAGAAAAAAAGACAAGCAGCAUUUGAAAAGGAAAAAAGAAUCUGAUUUGCCAUCAGCUAUUCUUCAAACUAGUGGUGUUUCUGAAUUUACUAAAAAGAGAAGCAAACUAGUACUUCCUGCCCCUCAGAUUUCAGAUGCAGAACUCCAGGAAGUUGUGAAAGUAGGCCAAGCAAGUGAAAUUGCCCGUCAAACUGCUGAGGAAUCUGGCAUCACAAACUCGGCCUCCAGUACUCUUCUGUCUGAGUACAACGUCACCAACAACAGCAUUGCUCUUCGAACCCCACGGACGCCAGCUUCCCAGGACAGAAUUCUGCAGGAAGCCCAGAACCUCAUGGCCCUAACCAACGUGGACACCCCAUUAAAAGGGGGACUAAACACACCUUUGCACGAGAGCGACUUCUCAGGUGUGACUCCACAGCGGCAGGUUGUACAGACUCCAAACACCGUUCUUUCUACCCCAUUCAGGACUCCCUCUCAUGGCUCUGAAGGGCUGACUCCCCGGAGUGGGACAACUCCCAAACCAGUUGUUAACUCCACCCCGGGUAGAACUCCUCUUCGAGACAAGUUAAACAUUAAUCCUGAGGAUGGAAUGGCAGACUACAGUGAUCCCUCUUAUGUGAAGCAGAUGGAAAGAGAAUCUCGUGAACACCUUCGUAUAGGGUUGUUGGGCCUUCCUGCUCCUAAGAAUGACUUUGAAAUUGUUCUACCAGAAAAUGCUGAGAAGGAGCUGGAGGACCGUGAAAUAGAUGAUACAUACAUUGAAGAUGCUGCUGACGUGGAUGCACGAAAGCAGGCCAUACGAGAUGCAGAACGUGUAAGGGAAAUGAAACGGAUGCACAAAGCUGUCCAGAAAGAUCUUCCAAGACCAUCAGAAGUAAAUGAAACUAUUCUAAGACCCUUAAAUGUAGAACCACCUUUAACGGAUUUACAGAAAAGUGAAGAAUUAAUCAAAAAAGAAAUGAUUACAAUGCUUCAUUAUGACCUUCUACAUCACCCUUAUGAACCGUCUGGAAAUAAAAAAGGAAAAGCUGUAGGAUUUGCUACUAACAGUUCAGAGCACAUUGCCUAUCUGGAGCAUAACUCUUAUGAAAAGUUCUCCAAAGACGAUCUGAAAAAGGCCCAGGACGUUCUGGUACAGGAGAUGGAAGUGGUAAAACAAGGUAUGAGCCAUGGAGAACUCUCAAGUGAAGCUUACAACCAGGUGUGGGAAGAAUGCUACAGUCAAGUUUUAUAUCUCCCUGGGCAGAGCCGCUAUACACGGGCCAACCUAGCAAGCAAAAAGGACCGAAUUGAGUCACUUGAAAAGCGGCUUGAGAUAAAUAGGGGUCACAUGACGACAGAAGCCAAGAGAGCUGCAAAGAUGGAGAAGAAGAUGAAAAUUUUGCUUGGGGGUUACCAGUCUCGUGCUAUGGGGCUCAUGAAACAGUUGAAUGACUUAUGGGACCAGAUUGAGCAGGCUUACUUAGAGUUACGCACUUUUGAAGAACUCAAGAAACAUGAAGAUUCUGCUAUUCCCCGGAGGCUAGAGUGUCUAAAAGAAGAUGUCCAGCGACAGCAGGAAAGAGAAAAGGAGCUUCAGCAUAGGUACGCCGACUUGCUGCUGGAGAAGGAGACUUUAAAGGCCAAAUUCUGAAGCACAGUUUAUGUUCUGUCACAAGAUGAAUUAAUUGCUGGUUUUCCUGCUCUGGAAGGCUGAAACCGAUGUUUAUCUUCAUUGACAAAUUUGCCCAUGAUUGGUGGUUUUUCAGUUGUUUAUUUUAAAUGAUAUCGAUCUUACACAUUCUAUGUAUAAAGACUUUAAUUCUACAGGACAUUUUAGGGUUUAAAUUAUUAAGACGAUCAUUCUUGUAGCAGUGUCAUACUUGCAAAAAUUUUUUUAGUUUCGGCCUUUAUUUUAAAAGCCUGAUUUUAAAGUGCUGCCUGUGAGUACAUUCUUGAAUAAAAACAAAAUAUAAAAAAUGGAGAAUGUAGCUUUUUGUCUGAAGUAAUUAGAUACUUAGGGUACCCACAAACCAGGGAAUAUGUACACUGUGUUAAAUUUAAUGAGUAACUUUUGGGUAAUCAAAAUGGUGAUCCAGUAUCUUAAAUCCUUAAGAGGCAAUCAUUCUGUGGUUUUGUUAGUUUUGACUGUUUUAGCAUAGAAUAGUCUAUAUACUGACAAGAUUAACUUUUUAAUACCUAAUUUUUUUUUUUUUCAGUGUAACUUUAGGAAAGAUCUUUUCUCUGCUCAGCUGCUUACACAGUUUACGGAUUAGGACUAAAAAGAUUUAAUUUUUCUUGACCUGUUAUUUUCUUGUAAAUAUUUUUUUGACAAAGGUAUUUUAAAGAGUAAUUUCAACAAGGCUGUCAAACUAUUAAAGCUCUGUAUUUAUCUUAAGUCAAUCACACACAUGUAGAAUUUGGGGAAUGGAAGGGUAGAGGUGGGAAGAUCUAAUUUUAUGCAGUUCAUAUUAAAUCAUUUAGGAUAGUAUUAGUUGGCUGUAAGUUCAGUAUAAGCCAGCAAUGUGUUAGACUUAAACAAAAUAGUUUGCCCAAUCGUAGAAUAUACUAGGGCCUUAAAAGGGAGGGAGGGACAUUCAUUCAUCAGAUAUUUAUUCACUAUAUACCCAGUGUCAAGAGUCCUGGGGAUAGAGCAGUGAACAAAAUAGGCAUGGUUCCUGUUUUGUGGAGCCUACACAGUCCACUGAGAAUGACAGACAGUAACUAAGAGUCAAAUGUUUACUGAGUGACUCUUACAUGCCAGGCACUUAUUGAUGUGUUGGCGUUGAACAGUUAUUAAGACACAGUUCUUGCUCCCAUGGAGGUGACAUUAUUGGGAGAAGUAAACAUACAGGGGAAAGUACCAGAUCAUGAACUCUAGAUUCUAUGGACGGGAUUAAAAUAGAUGAUGGGAAAUAGUGACUGGGUGGCUACUUAGGUUGGAUGAUCAAAGAGCUUUCUAGGGAGGUGACAUUUAAGAGGGGAUGUGACUGACAGAAGGAGCCAUUCUUGUGAGAUUCAAGGGAAGAGCAAUGCCAGCAGGGUGACGAACUAGCACAAAAGUGUGUGAGGAACAGAAAGGAAGCCAGUGUAGCUAGAGUGUCAAGAAAGGCAUUUGUAUGAGGCCUGGUUAUACAGGGCCGUAUUUAUAAGGCCACGGUAAGGAAUUUGGGUCUUAUUCUAUGAUGGGAAGCUAUGAGAAGAUUCUAAGCCGAGGAAUAAUAUGAUCAGAUUUGUUGUAGAAACAUCCUGUAGUUAUACUGUGUGAUGAUAACCUCAUCAGGCUGAAGGUAGGGAAAGCGGUUAGUUUAGGAACUGAUGCAGUAAUCCAGGCAAACAGAAGUGACUCCACCUAGGACAGAAGCAGUCCUGAUGGAGACGUGGGAAGAUCUGAGCAGUAGUAGUUCUGUAGUCUCAUCAGACUAUAAAUGUAUAUUGUCCUGGUAUCCACUCAAUUCUAAUACCUUUUCUAGUAAUUUUGCAUGGGUUUUCUAGGAAAUACUUGGCUAUCAUCUGUGAAUAAUGAUGUUUCUUCUACUAGUUUAAUUUUUAUUGCAUAGUUUGUUGGCUGAAAUGUUUAGAAAAACGUUAAAGAAUGAUUAUGGUGGUAGACAUUCUUGUUUUGUUUCUGAUUUUAAUGGGAACAGCCAAAGUGUUUUAUCCUUAGGUUGGCUGUUUGGAGUCAGAUAGUCUUCAUCUAGAAAGGAAAUUUCCCUCUAUUUUCAGUUUUUAAAGAAUUUGAAUUAGGUAUGGCUCUGGAAUUUUGUCAGAUACACUUUUUGGGUAUCUGCGAAGGUGGUCAUAGUUUUUUUUUAUUUGAUUUCUUGAUAACAUAUUAAUAAAUUUUCCAACAUUGAAUCAUCUUUGAACUCCUAGAAUCAGGGAGUUUAAUUAAAACAUUUUAAAAAAAUGAUUUAGUUUACUUGCAUCUUAUAUAAACUUGAAUUAUAUGGAUUUAAAAUCAUUGAUCUAAUAAUACUAGUAAACUUUCACUUUGUUUUCAAAAUUUGAAGUAAUGCAUAUAUUUUUAGCCUAAAAACAACCAAGAAUUGCAUAAUUUCAAAACUGGCCAUCUCUGUGCAUUGUAAACUGCUCAUGCUUUUGCCACAUAACAGUGCAACUUUGACUGGUAUACAUACCAUUAUCCUUUGUCACUAUCCUGUAAAACCCAGGGUUCCCUACCAGCACCACUGUGAGAGCGAUUUUGGUGACUAUUUUAACAUUCACAAUUAUCAUAUUCUCUUACAGGCAUUCAUUAAGUGGUAGUGUUAAAAUGUGUUGAAAAGCAUGUUCAAGUUUCAGGAACUUUGCGACAGAAAUGUGAUAAAGAUCCAAAAGAAACCACCACUAUGAGCAAGAGGUUUUUUUGGAAAUAUUAGAAAGCAUGGUGAGAUAAGAAAAAGCAGUCUCAAAGAAAACAUAUAGUGCAGUGAUUAUAGACUUAACGCUGUCCAUCCUUGUACCCUCUCUAUUUUUAUGUUUAUUUUUCUGGGAAAAUUAGUUUUGAAAUACGUGAUGUCCUUGGGAAUGCAUUUUUCCUAAAAUGUGACUGACUGCCUUAUUGGAACUAUGGACUUGGAUUUCCUAAUAUUUUACUUGGGAAAAUUGCAUUUUUGCAUGAGUGAGUUUGGUCUUUUUGGGCUAUCGUCCAAGUUUUGACAUAGGGAUUUUGCUAGCUCUGUAAAGCGGAUAGGAUAACUGUAUAUAUUUUUCUACGCAUUAAGCAGUUCCAUUAUAGCAUGGGAGUGAUUUGUUCCAUGAAAGAUUGAAGGACGGUGCUUAUAAAACUUUAGAGUUCAGAGCCCUUUUUGGAAAUAAUUUCUUGAUAAUUAUCACUUUCUUCUGUGACUAUUAGUUUGUCUAUUUUUAAAUUUAAUAUUUUGUUUUAAUGUAUAUUUCUCCUUUUGUGUUUAUUAUUUACUAAAUUUAGGUAAUUUAUACUUUCCUAGCAAACUUCAUUUUUUGAAAUUUAAUACAUUUAUUAGUAGAGAAUUUUAACAGAGACUAAGUAUUUCUAUUAAAUUUGCUACUUCCAGAUUAUAAGAAAUUUACCUUCUCUUAGUUCUACCAUCAUUCCUUUUUUCCUUGAUUAGACUUGCUAAAAGUAUCUUUUUUCCCCCGUCAAAAAAACUAGUUUGGAUUUGCUUGCCAAUUGUGAUUUUUGUUUUAAAAUGUAUUAAUUUCUUAUUUUCUGCUUAUUUUUGUUUUCUCUAGAGUUUUUCCCCCUGUAACUUUGAGUCUGAUGCUUAUUUUUUGUUUUUGUUUAUAUAGAAAUGAAUACGUUGAAGGCUUUUGCUUAUCUCUAAUUUCAAAUAUAUUCACAUCCCUGCUAUGCUGAUGUGUUUUGUUUUCUAAGUAGUUUGUGUUUUGUUCAACAAUUAAGAAUAUUUACAAAUUUCUGUGUGAUUGGCUUUUUUCUUUUCUUUCUUUUUUUUAAAUUUUCUGCUUGUAGGAUUUUUACCUUGUGGAAAGAAAAUAUGGCUUCUGUAGUUUUUGCUUUUUAGAAUUUAUUGAGGUUUUGAGGCCUAACCUUUUAAAAAAGUGUUCUGUGGAUGUUUUUAAUGAAGGUUUAUUCAAUUUGUGUGGGACUGAUGACUGUGUAUUUAACCACUUUAAUUAUUCAAAUUUUAUUUUUCUCUGGUUAUAAACUAUCAUAGCAUAAUAGUAUUGUCUUAAAGUCUUCUAUAUAGUUAUUUCUUUCAAUUCCAUCUUGUCCAGAGCUUUUGAUUUGUACAUUUUGAUACUGUUAUUGAGUGUACAAAUGCUUGUGUCUGUUAGGUACAAUGCAUGAAGACUUACUAGUCUAUAAAGUUAUUCUUUUUGUCCUAUUUAUGUUUUUUGCCUUGAAUUUUACUUCUUGGAUAAUAGAAUAUUUCUCUUUUUUUGUUUAUAUUUGCUUGAUAAAUUGUCUAUCCUUUUACUUCUAUAUAAUUUUUAAUUGUCUCUUAAAACAGCACAUCUUGUUAGAUUUUAUAUUUCAACCCAUUUGGAGGGUCUUUGCAUUUUAGUGGGGGAGUCUGAUCCAUUAGCUUUUAUGUUAAUUACUGACUUUGGUCUUCUGUGAUCAUGCUUUUUGCUUUCUCACUGAUUCCUCUCAUUUCCUAAAUGAACUGUAAUUUCCUGGCUUUAAUUUUCUUAGUGAUUUAGAAAAUAUACAUCCUCUUUUAAAUUUUACAAAUGAUUAUGGUAUCAUUUAGGGUUCAGGAGAAAAAAACCAUACCAAUAAUUUGAACAGGGAAAAUUCAAUAUGAACAAUUAUUAACUAGUAACGGAUUAACCACCAAGAGGGGCCAAGACAUCUCUAAAGAAUACCAGGACUAGAGGAUGUAGGAGCAGCCACUGCUUAUAGACAGAGAGAACCCAGGGAAGGGACAAGCUUGGAAGAGCCGUUUCCCUCCCCUCAAGGCUGAGAUUCAGAUCUCACGGAAGAGGAUGUGUGUGGCCCCCUGGGUGGAGAAGUUUGCUCAGGUGCCACAGUUUGAGGUGGCAGGCAGGGUGUCAGGGAAACUCGAGGAAGUCACUUGCAGGGAUAUCGUUGAUACUCUGAGGUGCCAGCAAAACACCAGUGAACGUGUGCCAGUGGCUCUUUCACACAUUGCUGGUAGAGAAGCAUCCUGCUGGUAAGAAAGUCACAUGCUGACAGUGACACUGUAGGAGCAAGCGGGAAAAGCUGUGGAGCCAGGAGCGCGAAGCCCCUUGCAAUGUCUCUCCAGUGCCACCUUCGGAUAAUGCCUUGUGUUGUGUCCACUGGCGAAUGAGAAAAGCUUACAGGCUACACAACCAGUCUCAAAGCAGGGCAAAAGGAACAGCUCCUUUGCACCAGGGGAAGGGGACUCUGUUUUCAGUCUUUGGGAAAUCUCCAGGGUAUGCGUCCUAUUUCACUAUUCAAGGCUGUUUAUUUCAUCUGAUUAUUGUCACUUGUGGCCAAUCUUUGGGUUUGGAACCAACUUUUUCAUCUCUCUGCCUGGCUUCUUGUGCUUAGAGCAUCCCUUGGAAGUGUUUCCUUGUUCCUUACCCUUCCUGCAAUCCCGCGUUAUUUCGUUGGAUCCCCUUUGUUCCACAUUUUCAACCAAAGAUAAAGACGAGGGGAGUUCAACAAUAUUAUUUUAAAAAGUUUAUUUUCAUCAGCAGUGUAUACAUAUGUUUUACAAAAUCAGAUUCUGGGCUGAUGAUGAUGGCUGGAAUAUUUUUUGGCUUUAUGUAGUCUCCACAUGAAAUCAUAGCAACCAACCUCCCCUGGACAACAUUUACAAGAUAGCUAAAUGACAAGAUAUCCAUCCCCAGGAACUCCAAAAUACGUGUGGGUGGGGUAACCCACCAGUAGGCACAGGAUAUGUGUGCUGUCGUCAUGUCUGUGCAGCAAAAGUAAGGAGGGCAGUGGAGCAUCUGACACACCUAAGAACAGGAGAACCUUAAAGUAGCCAACAGGUAUUCAUGGAAUGAAUGGUAGACCAAUUGGAGAUAAGUGGCUAAAAUUGGGAAGGGUUUUGUCCACUGCAGUAGUGGGUGAGCCAAAGGGAGUAAAAGUGUGAAGACAAAUUAGCAACCUUGAUGAUUUAAUGUGUUAACGUUUUUUUAGAUAGGCCUACACAUUUAAAAAAAUCUGUCUCAUGGCAAGAUUUUUUCCUUUGGAAAAAAAAUACAACAACUUAGUAAUAUAUGGGUAUUACCAUUGUCAGCUCUAACAUUUGGUAGCCAUGUUGACUUGCGCUGUCCAGUAUGGUAGCCAGUAGCCACGUGUGACCAUCAAGCACUUGAAAUGGGGCUGGUUCAAACUGAUAAUAUGCUGUAAGUAACUAGAUUUGGAAGACAGUAUGAAUAAUAAUAAUAAAAAAAUCUCUAAUGUUGAAAUUAGAAUUUAUUUUUUUUAUAAAUAGUGUGUUAAAUAAAAUAUUAAAAUUAAGUCUACCUGUUUCUUUUAAAACGUGGCUAGUAGAAAAUUUAAAAUUUCAUAUGUGGCUUGUAUUACAUGUCUACUCACAACCCUUUUAAUUUUUUUGUUACUGAUUUCUAAUUUAAUUCCAUUGUGGUUUGAGAACAUACUCUGGAUGAUUUCAAUCUUUUUAAAUUUAUUGAAACUUGUUUCAUGACCCAGCAUAUGGUCUGUUUUGUUGGAUGUUCCUUGUUCACUUGAAAAUAAUGUGUAUUCUGCAGGCUUUAAUGUUUUAUAACAACCAAUUAGAUCUCAUUGAUUGGUAGAGUUCAAGUGUCCUAUAUCUUUAAAUGCUUUUUUUCCUCUCCACUGUCCUGUGAGUUGCUGAAAGAGGUAUGUUGAAAUCACCAACUGUAAUUGUGGAUUUGCAUGUCUCCAGCUCUGUCUGUUUUUGCUUCUGUUUAGAAUGUUUGUUAUUGUCUGCAUACACACUUAGGGUUAUGUUUUCUUGUUGAGUUGUCACUUUUGUCAUUAUGAAAUGUCUUUAUGUCUGGCAACAUUCUUUGGCCUGAAGCCUAUUUUGUCUGAUAUUAAUAUUGCUACUCCAGGUUUCACAUAGAGUUUUCAAGAUGUGUCUUUUUCCAUUUUUUUUACUUUUAACCUCUCUGUAUCUUUAUAGUUAAGGUGGGUUUUUAUAGGUAUAAUGUUGUUGGUUGGGGUGUAUCUUAGGCAUGUAUCUUAGACUGCUUCAUAUUUCACAGAUCACUGAGGCUCUGUUCUUUUUAAAUAUCAUUCCUUUUCCCCUCUGUUCUUCAUUUUGUAUAGAUCAUAUUGCAGUUUUUCCAGUAUUGUACUGAUUUUUUUUCCUACAGUGUCUAAUUUGUUGUUAUUCCUUUGCAGUGAAAAUUUCAUGUCAGAUAUUAUAUUUUUGUCUUUAGCAGUUCCACUUUGUUCUUUUUUUACAUAAUUUUUCUCUUCAUAUUUUCCUUUACAUCUUUGAGCAUAUAGAACAUGUUUAUAAUAGGUGUUUUAACGUCCUUAUGUGCUAAUUGCAUCAUCUGUCAUUUCUGGGUUUAUUUCUGUUGACUGAUUUUUCUCCUGUUUCCCAGUCAUUUUCCAGUUCUUUGCAGGUCAGGUACCUAAGAAGGAUGGUACACAUUGUGAAUGUUGCAUUGCUGGCUUUUGUUUCCUUUAAAUUAUAUUGGGUUUUAUUCUAGCAGAUAGUUAAUUUACUUGCAGAUCAGUUUAAUCCUUUUGAGGCUUGUUUUCAAGCUAAACUAUGGCCCAUGCCUGUUUUUGUAAAUAAAACUUUACUGGAACACA